AUGCUUGCAAGAAAGAAAGAAAGAAAGAAGUGGCAUCACCAAAACAAAACAACCUAUCCACUACGGUUCCCUUUGAGAACGAACGAACGUGUCUCCUCUUCAUAUUCAUAAUAUUUAUAGUACCAUUGCGAUCAUAACGACAAAAACAAUGAACCAGUGAUGCUUCUUCUUCUCAUACUCUCGCUGCAAUCCCUCAAACCCACCUAACCCAAACCCAUUUCAAUUCUCGCACCCCCCAUUUUCUUACCCUUUCUCUCUCCAUUCUCUUAUUUAUUAUUAUUACACACAUCACAAUUUCCCUUGAAGGGAAAAAAAAAAACCCUAAAAAUUUCGUUUUUUUGGAUCCACAAAGGCCACCCCCCGGAUCUCCAAUCCUCUUGAUCACUACGAAGUUCUAAUUUUUUACGUUUUUGGCGAAGUGGGUCGUUGUUAUAUACGUGGUUUCUGAUCUGGGAUUGAUUCAAUUUGGGGGUUUCUGGGUUUGUGAUUGAAAUGGUCUAUUUCCAUAGCUCAAUCUCUCUCUGCAACUCCUCCGUUGACCAACCCAUGGCGAAUUCCCUCGAUUUCGGCUCGAAAUCGAGGCACCGGAAAACCCCCAAUUCCCUCCAGGCUCCGCCGUGCCGGCGAUCCCGAUCAGUGGUGGCCGACGUUGUGAUUUUCGUGGCGAUCAUCACGGCGUUUGGAUUCCUAUUGUUCCCCUACGCCCAAUUUGUGGCCAGUGAGAGUGUCAAAAUUGGUGUUGUGGCUGUGAAUUUGAUCAAAGAAGAGGUUUCUGUGGCCCCUUGGGUUUACAUGUUCAUAGGGGUUAGUGUUACCUUUGCUGCAUUGACCACUUGGGUUCUUGUGGCUUGCACCACAAGGAAGUGUGGGAACCCCAAUUGCAAGGGUCUAAGGAAGGCUGCAGAGUUUGACAUUCAGUUGGAGACUGAGGAUUGUGUGAAGAAUUCACCUUCAUUGGCUAAGGAUGGUGGAGUUAAGAAGGGGCUGUUUAAGCUUCCUUGUGAUCACCACCGCGAACUCGAGGCCGAGCUCAAGAAGAUGGCACCCCCCAAUGGAAGGGCUGUCCUUGUCCUCAGAGCAAGGUGUGGCUGUUCUGUUGGUAGGUUGGAGGUUCCAGGACCGAAGAAGAAUCGAAAGAUCAAGAAGUAGGAUACAUAAAAGAACAAACAAAGGAGAGGAUAAUUGAACACAGAAUGUAGCCUUAAAUAUUUGGCAGAGGAGUUGGUUAUAGUUAUAUGGUCAUAUUUUAUUUAGGUUGUCUUUUGAAUAAGCCCCUCCACUGUGGCAAUAAGUUGUAAGGAACUAUGGAUCAUACACAGUUUGGUUAUUUAUACAUGGGAAUAUAAGAAUCCGUUUAUUUGAAUUGGUUUA